AUGGAGUCCUAUGUGGUGAGCUGCAAAUAUGUUGAGCCGCAGUUCCCACCUUGUGAGGAGGAUUACAGUAAUUUCAGUGACCAGGGAGGGUAUUAUGACCCCCAGGACAGUGGUAGUUAUGGAGGGGGCUACCAUCCCCAGCCCCCUCCGCCUCCGUACACGCCACAACAAACCAGCUAUCAACACCCGCUGCAGGGACAGCACCCGGCGCAUCAGCGGGAAGACGAGGGGCAGUCAGGGGUCCAGGGUGGGCGCUUCCCUGCCUACAGAGAGUCAAGCGGCCCGGUCAAGGAGCGAUUCUCCGUCGGGGAUCAGUGCCAGGUCUGGGUGACUUCCAAGUCGGUUCAGGUGCAGAGGAAGGUGGCAUGCCAGGGCAAGGACAAGGCGCCCAUUGUUGUCUAUCCGUGGAUGAGGAAAGUGCACAUCGCUCAUGUUAAUCCCAACCACACCGGGCCGGAGCCCAAGCGGCUGCGGACGGCCUACUCCCGCCGGCAGGUGCUGGAGAUGGAGAAGGAGUUCCACUUCAGCCGCUACCUGACGCGCCGCCGCCGGGUGGAGGUGGCCCAGGCGCUGUGCCUGUCCGAGCGCCAGGUCAAAGUGUGGUUCCAGAACCGGCGCAUGCGCUGGAAGAAAGACAACAAACUGCCCAACACUAAGGGAAAGAACAAGAACAGAAAAAACACGGACAACAACAACGACGACGACGACAACAACAACAACAACGAUGUGAAGGAAGCGUAACAGUGUGAGAAACGCGAUUGGUGGGGCAGGCAGAGUUUGGUCAUCGCAGGUUUCGGUGGCGUCCACCUCGGCGCCCCCGCCGCCUUGCUCCGCGGGGCCGCCUUAUCGGCGGUUCCAUCACUGUGCGCUGCAGAUACUAUGUCAGUGGUGAUGGUGUGGACCGAGUUGUUUUACAUUUACAUUGCAGCUUCUGCAGAAGGCUGCCGCCCCUCUACAGGUUUGGCUAAACUUUUUCGGUCCAUGGCUCUGAUUGAGGAAAGACGUCUAGUUUGGAGGAAACAGGGUUUAAUUUCUACAGGGUAGGAGAAAUACAGGGUCUUUUUUUUGUUUUGUUGUUGCUUAUAAAUAGAAUUAUACGUACUGUAUGCACGUCCUCGAAACGUCGGAUCCACCAACCGGCGCAUUGAAACCAAGAGCGAACCCAUUUGAUAGGAUAACAAGCCAUAUCUUCCAAAACAAAAACCAAACCUCAUAUAAGCUAUCUUAAAAGUGAGUUUUUUUAGCUAGUAAAUGUAGAGAAAAAAAGGUUAGUUUUCCUUUCAGCACUGAUGCAUAUCCUCUAGUUUUACACUGCAUUGUAAAUGUAUUGCUUAGUCUCAGUUACAGAGCUUUCCUACACACAUGGAGGCAAUGCAACGUCCAAAUACAUAAAGAAAAAAAAUAAAAACUAUGUAAGGACCAAAUCGGAGAUAAGAGUUUUUCUGCAUGACAGUAUAAUUCACUCAGGGUUACAGGGUUGACCAAAAAAAAAAAAAGGAAGAAUAAGAAGAAAAAAAGCCUAACUUUUGGAGCAAGGAUCAAAUGUUCUCUUAAAUUGUUUUAUUUAGAAGGGUUUUUUUUAUUAUUCUUUUUUUGUCUCCAGUUCAAUAUGCUGUUGUUGUUGUUGUUGUUAUUACACCAUAGUACUUAUUUUAUUUUGUAUUAUUUAGAAUAACUGUUGUAUUCUUUGUAGUAAUUAUA